AUGGUUAAUUCUAUGGUGGAAAGGGCGACGAGCGACAUGCUAAUCGGACCAGAUUGGGCUAUGAACAUCGAGAUCUGUGAUGUGUGCAAUCGCGAUCCUGCACAAGCAAAAGAUGUUAUAAGAGGUAUAAAGAAGCGUCUUGGUAGCAGAAAUCCAAAAGUCCAGCUUCUUGCCUUAACACUGUUGGAGACUAUUGUGAAGAACUGUGGUGAUAUUGUCCAUAUGCAUGUUGCCGAGAAAGAUUUACCACAUGAGAUGGUGAAGAUUGUGAGAAAAAAGCCAGACUUUCAUGUAAAAGAGAAGAUAUUGAUUCUAAUUGAUACCUGGCAAGAAGCAUUUGGAGGACCAAGGGCAAGAUAUCCCCAGUAUUUUGUGGCAUACCAGGAUUUAUUGCGUCUUGGUGCAGUUUUCCCUCAGAGAUCUGAGAGGUCUGCACCUGUCUUCACACCACCGCAAUCACAUCCGUUGACAUCUUAUCCACCAAAUCUCCGUAAUACAGAAUCUGGACCUGAUGCUGCUGAAUCUUCUUCAGAAGCUGAGUUUCCAACAUUAAGCUUGACAGAACUUCAAAAUGCCCGUGGUAUCAUGGAUGUUCUUGCUGAAAUGCUGAAUGCAUUGGAUCCUAGCAACAAAGAGGGACUUAAGCAGGAGGUCAUUGUUGAUUUAGUGGAACAGUGCCGUAAUUACAAGCAAAGAGUGGUACACCUCGUUAACUCGACAUCGGAUGAAUCACUAUUAUGCCAAGGGCUAGCACUGAAUGAUGACUUACAACGUGUACUGGCUAAGCACGAGUCAAUUUCGUCUGGAGCUAUUUCUGUUCUGUUAGAGAAGCCAAAAUCUGAAGCAGAGAAGUCAAAUUCAGAACCUACUAAAGCUUUGGUCCCUCUUGAUGGCCCUCUUAUCGACACUGGCGAUACCAAGCAAGGCGAUGGGUUCACAUCCAGUACGAGCUUAGGGACUCAACUAUCCCUCAAUGCUCCUUCAUCAAAUCACGUUCAGCCGACUGCUCCCGUGAAAGUCGACCCCAAAAUUGACCUUUUGAGUGGAGAUGACUUCAAUUCACCAACAGCAAACUCCCUGGCUCUUGUCCCCGUGGGCCAGCCUGAGCCAACGAGCCCCGUUGCAUCACAGCAGAAUGCGCUGGCUCUUGUCGACAUGUUCUCAGGAAGUAGUAGCAGCCAGCCUCUGAAUUCCAUCGGGCAAGUCCAUCCUUCCUCUCCCCAAUUUGAGCAGCAAACGAAUUUUCUUUCUCCGCAGCCUUCAUUCUACCCCAACGGGACUGUUUCCGGUCCCACAGUAACUCAACAGGAUCAAUCACUCUACCUACAAGGCUCUGGUCCUGCGUGGAGUGCCCAGAUGGUCCAGCAACAGCAGCCUCCUUCGCCCAUUAAUGGUGCUCAAAACAACGCCUUUCCUCCUCCACCAUGGGAAGUCCAAGUGGAUAGCAGCCUCUCAGCCACUAGCCAGCCUCCACAAAUGCAAGCCAUAAACCCGACCAGUCCAUCACCAAGCGGCACAUAUUUCCCGGUCAACGGCCACCUCCCCGCAAGUAAUCAAAUGUCGGGCAUGCACCAUAUCGGCCUUGGCCCGAACCCUAUGCCUGUGGUCAUCUAUCCUCAACCAAUGUAUGGAAAUCAGAUGGGUGGUUACGGAUAUGGUUAUGGCUACGGCUAUGGCCACGGCCCACAGCAAAUCCAUCAGGGCUUGUCGGGACUAUCUCUUUACUCCACGUCAUCAACUGUGCCAUCUGGAAGGCCGUCCAAGCCCGAGGACAAGCUGUUUGGGGAUCUCGUUGACCUGUCUAAAUUUAAACAAGGAAAAACUACACCAGCUAGACCUGGGAGCAUGUGA